AUGGCGGCCGGUUCCGUGGAGGCAACAACCACGGGUAGGGGAAAGCAUGCUCGCGGAUCGCAUGCGCUAGGAGGUAGCAAGCCGGGGAGUGUUGGCAUCGCUGUCUCCACCCCAGCCUUCUGGCAGCCGCUGCUAGUCUUUUUUAUUGUCUCCCUUCAUCUUCACUUAGAAGAGUCCGGGUACGGAUCAAAUUGCGAGCCAUUCAAAACCGACAGCACAACUUCACCGCACCGAGUCAACAUGAGCGUCAAUCUGGAUAUAGAGAAGAGCCGAUAUCGCCAAUUCGUCCCCGAUAAAGGUUGGGCAGAGCUACGAGGCCUUGACAUCCGGGAUCCGUACACUUACUCCGAACAAAUUGUGGACAGUCCGCUGUUCCAAGACAUCUGGAAAAAAUGGAGCGCCAAUCUCGCCGCUCCGUUUUACGGUAUCACGAGCGAUGGUGUUCGGCGGGAUGGGAUCUAUCGCCUGCAGUACGAAGGUGCACCAACCCGGAACAUGGUUGAAGCAGCGAAGGCGGUUAUCGAUUCUUUGAGCCCAAGCGAGCGGAGUCUGGCUGUGCUGGCCCUUGAAUCGGAAGACUACCGCAAGUGGAGCAAUCCCGAAAUGGUGCUUUUCAAGUGCGGCGUCCGCCUUGAGCAGCUUGAGCAGACAAAGGUCGAACGGAUCAUGCAUCUCCUGAGGCAGUCGCUCAGUGAAAAGGGCUUCGAAAAACUCCGCGGCGCCAUGAAGACAAACAAGUUCCUCGGUGAGCUCUGCGGCUGCGAGGCUAUCCUGAAUGAGAAGAGCUAUUCUUUUACUAUUUUUGGCGAACCCUCGGAAACGAAACCAUGGCGAUACAUGUUGUUCGGCCAUCACCUGUGUCUCAAUACUUUCGUUGUUGGCCAGCAAAUGGUCAUUGGACCCGUAUUCAUCGGAGCCGAACCUUGUCUUAUCGACGAGGGUCCGGAUGCGGGGAUAGAGAUUUGUUCCAAGGAAGGAGACUUAGGCCUCGAGUUCAUGCGGUCGCUCCCCGCUGACCUUCAGCGCAAGGCGCAGACGUACGCCAAUAUGCACGACGAUGCCAUGCCCGAGGACCGCUGGAAUUUGGCCGAUCAGAGACACCUCGCCGGCGCUUUUCAGGACAAUCGCGUGAUUCCGUAUGAGGGGAUUCUGGCAUCCGACAUGUCGAGGGAGCAGCAAGAAAAGCUCAUGGCCGUGGCGGAGGCAUUCCUGAUGCUUCUCCCGCCGAAGCCUCUCGAAGCCAGGCUGAAGCAGGUCCGCGACUGGCUGCCAGAAACGUACUUUUCAUGGAUCGGUGGCUACGGGCCUGAGGAACCUUUCUACUACCGCAUCCAGAGCCCAGUCGCCUUAUUUGAGUUCGAUCAUCACUCGGGCGUCUUCCUUACCAACAGGCAGCCCGCUAAGCACCACAUCCAUACAGUCCAACGACUUCCCAAUGGCAAUGAUUACGGGAUGGCGCUUCUGACGCUUGCGCAAAUGGGGGAGCACGCGUAG